CUCUUGCACCAAACUAAACUUCUCUGCGAUGAAGCUUUUUUCCCGCUUUCGUAAGAUUCUUAUGAGACUUAUAUUCUCUUUCCCUUCUCCUUCCUCAUCAAACUCAUCCUCAAGACAAAAAACUUGGGAUAAAUAUGAUCCACCAAAGACUUCAUGCAGCUCUCAUUACUCCACUCACUCCCAUUAUUCCGAGGCCAUCGCUGAUUGCAUCGAGUUCUUCAACAAGUCUUCACAGGAGGGUGUUUUGGAUGGCCGAAAAUCUGAUAUGUGGGUUUGA